AAGGUCAUAACAUGAAUUUAAUAUCAUUUUUAUUUAAUUUGGUAUUUAUAGUAGGUCAUAGUUUCAAUACUUCAUUAUUUGUACUGUGCAGGUAGGAUUAUUACAGGUUUCUGAUGGGGGCCGUAUUUGUAAACAACUGGUCAGAUGAUGUCCGAAGCUUAGUGAUGAAGAGGCUUAUAGAGUACGUCAUCUUCAUUUUAGUCACUCACUCCAAACAGCCGUCAAUGCUUCAGAGGGCUUUGGACCUGAGGGGAACGCUGACAACGGUCAUUUGUUUGUGAAAAUGAAUGGUGUCCCAUUUCAUAACCUGCUCGGUCCGCUGGAGGAGGAAGAGCUUGUGACGGCUGCAGACAUCACUCUGCCCGACUGCCAUCGCAUACUAGGAAACACCAGGUAUGGCUUCAACCUGGAGAAAUGGAUCUUAGCCUGGCAGCAGCCGGUCUGCCGGGCCCCGUCCUGCCCCCCCUACUGGCUGAUGUUCAGCAGCGAUCGGACGGCCGUUGACUCGCGGCGCCGGAGCGGCCGCCCCCGCAGUCACAGCCUGAACUCUGGCGACACUCGCCGGCCGCACCAGCGCGCCGUCAGGUUCCACACAUCCGACUCCGAGGACGAGGGGGGUUACUGCGAGGACAACGAGGCGUCCUCCACCGAAGAAUGCCCUCGCCCCGUCAGGAGCAGGGAGCGGCCUCGCAGCGCUGCACCCAGGGACCAGCUGACCAGGGUCAAAGACAUGCACUUCGGUCACAGUGUCAGGGACCACAGAGGCUCCUUACCUUCUCUACAAGACUCCCGAGCCCCGGAGCAGCAGCGAUCCCCGCAGGCCACCAGCCCCCUUCCACACGGACAGCACAGCAGCAAAAAGAAGCAGCGCUGCCGGGGGGCCGCAGGCAGAAAGUUCUCCCAGAACACGCCGGGCGCCCCUUCUCCAUGCCGCCCGCAGCAGCAGCAGCAACGACCCUCCUCUGCAGGGCCCGCCUUCAAAAAGUGCACAGAGAAGACGCCGAGGACCGGCGGCUCUCGGGGGAUUUUCUUUGACUCGGCAGCAGAGUUGUGGUCAGCACUCAGCCAGGAAGAGAGGGAGCUGCUCGAAACCGUCACAGAGAGGGGCUACCCUCUACGGACUGCUAUUCUGGCUCUGCAGAAGACGGGCUAUCACUGCCCAGAGAAGAUCGUAAAAUACCUGGUGGCCAGUGAGCGUCUGUGCCAGCUGGGUUACCACGAGGCUCAGGUGGAAGAGGCCUUGGAGAUGUUUCAGAACUGCGAAAGCAAGGCUGCCGAGUUCCUGUGUCUUCUGACCCAGUUUAAUGAGAUGGGCUUCCAGCAAAAUGCAAUCAAAGAAGUGCUGCUGGUGCAUGAAAAUCACCGGGAGAGAGCUCUUGAAGAGCUCAUGACACGCAUGGCUUAAACAACCUCGUCCCCUUUCUAGUCCGCAAGGAGAAUAGAUUAUUUUCUACAAUACGCUGUGAAAUGUACAUGUAAAAAAAAUUAAAUCCCUUAAACAAAUUUGGGCAAGUGAGCAAUAAAUAAACUCUUUAAAUCUGAGGAAAUGAGUGCAAUGAUAAUUAUACGGUUAAUUUGGUCUUGUAACAUGUAAUACUAUGGUGUGUAUACAUUUUGGAAGAAAAGUCAUCAGAUUACCACAUUAUGCUGGAAACUGUUGCAGAGGGAACGAUUACAUGUCAAGAGUUGUUUUUCAUCAUUUUCGGAUUAACAGUAUAUGUCUAGUUCACCAAUAAAAGGCCAGAGUACUAAGUCACGUAUGGCAUGCAAUAAAAGGUCUUAAAAGAAUCAUUGUAUUGUCAUGAUAAAAGCAUAAUCCAUAUAAAUUCAGAAAUCACAAUUCGAAAAAGUCAGACAUGGUAUAAAAUGUUUGUAUCGCAUAUAGUGCGCAAUAAAUGAAGUUGGUAAAAGGAGUCGUAAGGGCAGACGGUGAAGGUACAUUGCUGACAGACAGGUUCCCCUGAGAGCUGAACUAAGGAAGCCAUUAGGAGUAGAGAUGUGUUCUUUAAAUCAAAGUAAAAAACACAUUCCACAACUUGAUUGAGAAAGAGGCAUUUCUCACAAUACAGAGUUGGAAAUAGAACAGCAGUAUGUACUAGAAGGUCGAUAUUUUGCCUAUAUAUAAUAAAGAAUUUUUAUUUCGAUUAUUUGGGUUGAACUGUCCCUUUAACGUUAAACUUGUGCAAACAACUCACCCAUCAGGUGUAAAA